AAUGUUCAACAAAUUAUUGAUUGUUUUGUUGACUACUUAAUUCUAUACUGUUACAGCAGAGAAAUAAUUAACUAUAGCAUUUGGCUCAUGCUUUAAAUUUUAUAGAACUCAUGAUACAGAUGUUUUUCAAAGAAUUAAGUCAUUUAAUCCUAAAUAUUUUUUAUGGUUAGGAGAUGCAGCUUAUAUUGAUUAUAUGCCAAUUUUAGGUAUAUGGAGAGCUGAAUAGAAUGAGACCAGAGUUAAAGAGAAAUUUGACAUCACCAACGAUGAUAAAUAUUAUGCUCAAUUUAAGAAGAGUGUAAUAAUUAAAGGAGUCUAUGAUGAUCAUGAUAGUAAUGAAAAUGAUGGAGGUAAAUUUAAUCCUCUGAAAGAAAGUGCUAAAUAAUUGUAUCUAGAUUUUAUUGGUGAACCCAAAGAUUCUCCACUUAGAUAAUAAGAUGGGAUUUAUUAAUCAUUUUAUGCAGAUCAAUAUAAUAAAAUUCUUAUUGUUAUGACUGACACAAGAUAUAAUUCAGAUAAAUAUACAGGGGAUUCCUUAGGUGAAAAUUAAUGGAAAUGGUUAGAACAAUAAUUUUAAACCGAAAGUUAAUUGAUCAUUAUGACAUCUGGAGUUUAAGUUAUGCAUGAUGAUAGAGAUGGACCUGAAACUUGGUUUGGAUGGUCUAAAAAGAGAUUAUUUGCUUUAAUAAAAAAAUACAAUAAACCUAUUAUUUUCUUGUCUGGUGAUGUACAUUAUUCAGAAAUUAUGAAAUAUCCAUGUCCACAUAGAUUAGGAUAAAAUCUAUAUGAAUUUACUUCAAGUGGAAUGACAUUUGCUAAUUAUGAUCACAUUCCCUUUGUUGGACUUAUUUUUUAAUUUUUAUUUCCAACCACUUUUAGUAAUUAUUAAGAUCAUUAUUACAAAUCUAAUUUUGGAAUCUUAAAAAUAAUAACUAAUGAUCAACAUUCACCUAUAAGAAUUGAAUUUGAAACUCAUUCUAGUGAAGAUUCAAGUAUUGUUUUAUAGAAGACUAUCUAAAUUGAAGAGCUACAAAAAUAAUAUUAUGAUGAAUCUUAAUCCUGUAUAUUAGAUGUAUCUAUAAAAGAGAGAAAAUGGUAGAAUUAUUUAUUGAGAAUUAAUGAAAACAUUAUAAUAGUGACAGGCUCACUAUUUGUAGCAUUGUUAUUCAUUAUAUUUUUGAUUUAUAAUUUUAUAUCAUAUAUUUCCAAAUUUAUAGAAUUAUAUAAACAGAUAUAGAAGAAUAAAUAAAAAAUUAAAUAAGAGUGA